CAGAGCCUAGAUCUGAACAAACAUGACGCAUGGGCAACCCACACAAUGUGUCACGUGAUGGAAAUGACUGGAAGAUCAGAUGAGGGCAUAACAUUCCUGGAUAGAACAGUUAACGAUUGGACGAUAUGUGGAAUGCUGGCUUGUCAUAACUACUGGCACUGGUGUCUCUAUUAUAUUGAAAAUGGGCGGUAUGAAGAAGCACUGACGAUAUUUGACAAUGAGAUCUACAAGCGAGCUGAACAAUCAGGUGCUCUUUUGGAUAUAGUGGAUUGUGCUUCAUUGUUAUAUAGACUCAACUUGGAAAAUAUAGAAGUAGGCAGUAGAUGGAAAGAUGUGUUUGAAAUCUGUCGACCACACACUGAAGAUCACAUCCUGGCCUUCAACGAUAUCCACAUCCUGAUGGCUUGUCUUGGAGCAAACGCAAUAGACGCAACUCAACAGUUGAUGACGUCCUUACACGACUAUUGCCAGUAA